AUGACAUCCGAACCUGGAUCUGCCUGGACGUUGGUCAUGUCGUUUGCAUUGAAAAACAAAGUAAUAGAACAGCUCUCUAAGAAAGGCUUUCAACAAAAUGCUCCAGUGAACGAAAACUCGCCCAACUUUGACCUUUAUCGUAUGAGCAACUCUCAAAUGACUUAUCUGAAUUCACAGUCGACCCAUUGGAGAGUAACAUACGAGUAUCCGAAGAUCAAAGUUGACUAUCGAGAUUAUGUUAGAACAAAGUUCACAGAUUUUGAUGUGAUGACUUUUACUGGAUUUGGUAUUUGUAAGAAAGUGGAAUACGCACCACACAUCGACAGCACUAUUCCGGGAGGAUGUCAGUUCGAUGCUAGCGCAGGUGCUGUACGUUACGAGGAUGAUUUUGGCUACUACACAACGCCUAACAAGAAAUUUCGUUGA